UUCUUUCUCUCUCGCCCCUGCUCGCCUCUUCAUGCUGCAGCCCACUGUGCUCGAGCACAGACACACGCAAGGCCCGCGCUCGGCCUGCCAGUAGUCUUUUCAGCCGCUCGAGGCGGGCACCAGCGCAGGCCCGCUGCUCCUGGCAGAACUACACCUCCCGAGAUGCAGCGCGGUGGACACACGGAAAGAGAGCGCAGUGGAGUCCGAAUGCUGGGUUGCUCGCCACCCAACUACAUCUCCCAUCAGGCAACCGGGCACAGUCUCGCCGGGCCCGCAGCCGGAGGAAGUGACCUUUUCCGUAGCAACGGCCACUGUUGCUACGGGAGUGGGAGUAGCUGCGGCCGCGCGCGGCGGGCGAGAGGAGCACGCAGGCCGAUAAACCAUGUCUGCUUCAGCUGAUGAAACUGCAGGAGACCUUCCUGUGAGGGAUGUAGGUCUAGCGGGAACUGGAGGAUUGCAAGAAUCAUCAGCUGCACAGAAUGUGAAAGCUCGGCAAGCUGUCUCACGGAUUAGUCGUGAGGAGCUAGAAGACCGUUUCCUGCGUUUGCAUGAUGAAAAUAUCUUACUUAAGCAACAUGCACAUAAGCAAGAAGAUAAAAUUAAAAGAAUGGCCACCAAGUUAAUUCGGCUUGUUAAUGACAAGAAAAGAUCUGAGCAGAUUGGUGGUGGCCCCAAGCGGUUGGGCCAGGAUGUGGAACUUGAAGAAAUGAUUGAGCAGCUACAAGAGAAAGUUCGUGAGCUUGAGAAACAAAAUGAAGGCAUCCGCAAGAGACUGAUUGCAACCAAACAGCAGCUCCAAGUUCAAGGCCAUCGGCACACUCCGUACAGCUAUGUUCAGUCUCGCAUUAACACUGGUCUCAGAAAAGUGAAUGAGUCUGUCACUAUCCAAGAGCGCACAAGGAAAGGAAUGAGAUUUCAAGAUAUAGAAAUGAGAUCCUUGAGAUCCCCCCAACCAGUGCUCCCAAGAUAUGGACAUAGUUUGCUUGAAGAAGCAAGGGAUGAGAUAAGAAAUUUGGAAAAUGUGAUCGAGUCACAAAAAGGACAUAUUGAAGAAUUGGAGCACACUGGAGAGGUUCUAAGAAGUCAGAUAAGGAAGAAGGAAAAGGAGUUUGAGGAAUCUGUUCUUCAGUUGAAAGAGCAACAAGCAACAGGCCAAAGGUCCAACAUUCGGGACAAUGUGGAAAUGAUAAAGCUCCACAAACAACUGAUGGAGAAAGGCAAUGCUCUCUCAGAAAUGGAAGAAAAAUUUCUUCAGCUUCAAGAGAAUCAAAGGAACCUUAAGGCCAGCCAUGAUGCUUUAAUGGCAAACGGGAAUGAACUCAAUCUGCAGCUUAACGAACAGCGUUUAAAGUGCCUCCAUCUUGAGAGAGAAUUACAGUCCAUGACUUUUUCAAAACAAAGGAUAGAAGAGUUGCAAGAUAGAAUUAUUGACCUAGAAAAGGAGAAGGAUCUUUUAAAAGAAAGUUAUGAUAAACUAUAUAACAGUGCCUUCAGUGUGAGCCAUGAACAGCAAUGGAAGUUAAAGGAACAGCAACUGAAAUUACAAAUUGCUCAACUUGAAACUGCCUUAAAGUCUGACUUAGCAGACAAAAAUGAAAUCCUUGACAGAAUGAAAGUAGAAAGAGACCAAAAUGAGAAGCUAACCCAAGAGAACAAAGAGCUGCAGUUGCGUUAUCUAGAACACAAGCAACAGCUAGAUGAACUAAACAAUCGCAUGAAGUUUUUCACUAAGGAGAGUGAUAUUGAAAUGGCAGAACUCAGUGAAGCCCUCAUGCUUGUAAAGGUUCGCAAACAGCAGAAGAAUGGGGACCUUACCUUUUUAGAGAAAGUAGAAGAUGACAUCCAUAAAGAUUUGGAACACACCAUGAGAGAGCUUCAAACAAGACAUGCAGAAACAGUGCAAGAACUUGAAAAGACACGGAAUAUGUUAAUUGUGCAGCAUAAAAUUAACAAAGAUUAUCAGACUGAAGUUGAAGCAGUGACGCAGAAGAUGGAGGGUUUACAGCAAGAUUAUGAGUUAAAACUGGAACAGUAUGUCCAUCUUCUUGACAUUAGGGCUUCACGCAUCCGAAAAUUAGAAGGACGGAAGAACACCUGCCAUUGCCCUCCUGGGAGGCAGAGCCAGUGAGGAGGAGGAGGAGGAGGAGGAGCCGAACGAAGGCAGCACCAGCUUGAUGCCUGCUAGCCAGGAGUCGCUUGCCCUGGAGCCAAUAUCCCCCUCCAAGAAUGUCUCCCAGGCAUCAUCCUAAGCCGGGGAAGGCCCCUCAGGUGAGUGCCCUUACUAUCCCCAGAAACACACAGGUGGAGGAGGCUGGUGGCAACGGACAGCUGUGCUCUACUCAGUCGGCCUUCUGGGCUUGGGGAUCACACAGCAUCCUGCGCACAUGGGUGCAUGUGACGCACCAAUCUGAGGCAUACAAUCCCAGGAAGCUGCAACAGAGGACCCUUGUGCUCUGACUCACAGGGUGUCUGGUGAGGCCUCCCUUACCCCCUUGCCACCAGUAGAAGGAAGCUGGGGACAUGCAGACACACACACACGAACUCAGGAGUGCCGCACAUAGGCAUUCUCUCAUUCUUAGGGUAGCAUCCACUCCCAGGGACAGCAUGGCGAGGUGCAGGUGCAUCUGCCACUCACACACCCUGCCACCCCCUCCUCCAGUGGCCAGGGAUACAACUCCUCUAUCCAUGGGACGCCACCACUGUUGGACCCAGCAUGUGCACUGCACAGAGGGAAGUCCAGCUGCCCCAUGAACCCCUCCCACCUGCAGACUUCCAAUCUAGUUGGCAUCUUCCCAUGCCUGCUCAUACCCAGGACAUGGGGGUAGUGAGAAUUCCUCCUUCGACAUCUGUGCCUCUGCCAGAAAAGGCCAACUGUCUAGGCCUCAGGUGGCCUUGCUCAAAGCACUUUGCCUUCGUCUGACCCGAGGCCUUUUGAUUUUUGGCUCCAAGAUGAGGCUUCAUGUAUGGUGUCUCCCAGGAGGACUGCCCUGCUCCUUAUUUUCCACAGCUGGACCAGCUGCAAGAGGAGAUGGUCGUCACCUCCUGUGCUGUCGUCCUGAUCCCACGUGAGCCACCAGCACCAGAGAACCCCCAAGGACUUCCAGAGGGAACAUAUCGCUGCCCUAUGAGCCCAGCAGUGCUCCAUGGACCAGCAGGACCAGAGACUGGAGGAGGAUCUCCACCUGUGUUGUAACAUCUGGCGGGAGCUGCAGCAGCAGGGCUGGUUCAUCUGCACAGCCUUUCACAUGGUCAUUAACCACCUGGUGGCUGCUCCUGUGUCAGCUCUGGCCCUUCCAGCUUCUUCCCCUGGCUUCUCCAUGUCCAUCAAGGGCCCACACAUGAGGUGGUGGCACCACCUGAUUAGGUGCCACUCCUAAUCCCAGCCCUGAGCCUCUCUUCCCCCUCCCACCUCCCUUCUACCCCCUCCUAGAUUCUUACCUCAGUCCCUCCCCAGUUACAUUUACCCCAGUAAUAAAAACAGUC